UGUAUUUUAUGCUUUGUAUUUUAUGUUGCUUCUGUGGGUAACUCAGCCAUGAUUCACCUCAUUCGCUUGGAUGCCCGUCUGCACACUCCCAUGUACUUUCUCCUCAGCCAGCUCUCCCUCAUGGACCUCAUGCACAUCUCCACCACUGUCCCCAAGAUGGUGCUCAACUUCUUCUCUGGCCAAAAAGGCAUCUCGUUCCUGGCAUGUGGCCUGCAAAGCUUCUUCUUCCUGACAAUGGCAUGCUCUGAAGGCUUACUCCUGGCCUCCAUGGCCUAUGACCGUUACGUGGCCAUCUGCCACCCCCUCCACUAUCCCAUCCGCAUGAGUACAAGGAAGUGUCUGAAGAUGAUCAUGGGAUCUUGGAUGCUGGGCUCCAUCAACUCCUUGGCACACACAGUCUAUGCCCUCCAUCUUCCUUACUGCCAGUCCAGGGCCAUUGAUCACUUCUUCUGUGACGUCCCAGCCAUGUUGCAUCUUGCCUGUGUGGACACUUGGGUCUAUGAGUACAUGGGUUUUGUAAGCACGGGACUUUUUCUCCUUUUUCCUUUCCUUGGCAUCACUGCUUCCUAUGGUCGGGUUCUCUUUGCUGUCUACCAUAUGAGCUCAAAAGAGGGAAGAAAAAAGGCCUUCACCACCUGUUCAACACAUUUAACUGUAGUGACCUUCUACUAUGCACCUUUUGUGUGCACCUACCUUCGGCCCAGGAGUCUCCGCUCACCAGCAGAAGAUAAAGUUCUGGCAGUCUUCUACACCAUCCUCACCCCCAUGCUGAAUCCCAUUAUCUAUAGCCUGAGGAAUACAGAAGUUCUGGGGGCCAUGAGAAGAGUGUUUGGGAUGUUCUCUUCCAUAAAGUAA